AUGUACUAAAAUAUAAACUAUGAAACUUUUAAAUUACCUCAUCUCCAACAAUACUAAUCUAACAUUACUUUCAUUCCUAAAUAUCCAGAAUAUAUUAAUUCAUAGAAAUCUUAAUUAUAAGUUGGAUUGGAGCUUCCUAAUUUUAGUAUGAUGCAGAAAAAAUAAUAAUAACUAACACGGAAAAAUACUCCUCCUAAGAAGUAUUUAGAUGAAUUUCCAGCCUAUUAUCUAGAUUUAUUACCAAUACCUCCAUAUCUUUAAGAGAAAGAACCACAUAAUUAUUUGAUUUUGCAAGGGAAAGGUGAGAGACCCAAAAAAAUAGAAAUGAAUUAAUUACCUUCAUUAAGGUAGCUUAAAGAAACACCAAAAUCAAAGGUAUCCUCCAAGACAACUUUAAAGCCUAAAAACAAACCUAUUAUCAAAUCUUUGGAUUUAUAAUCUUUAGGAUAGAAUUAUUAACAAAAAGAAACAGAUAAAUAAAUCAAUAAACAAAGCUUGCAAACUGAAUAGAAAAUGAAUUAACAGAAAAAGCCAUCAUCUUUAUAAUUACAAAGAUUGAUUAAAAGAGUGUAUCAUAUAAAAAUUUGGCUAUCCUUUUAUAAAUUGCUUUAAGAAACGUUAACUGCUAAAUCUGACAUAAUUUUAAAGCAAUAAAGGGAGGAAUUUGCUUAAAAUCUUAAAGGAGCAUUAAGAUAAUUAUCAGAUUGGACUGAUGCAAGUUUAGAUGACCUACUACUUGAAAUCAUCAAUCUAAAAGAUCCUUUAUAUAUCAAAGUUGGUGAAGAAAAACAAAAUCAAUAAAAGAAAAAGAAUAUUGAAAAUCUAUUAGUUCUAUGCAUGAAAAAACUACAAUCGGUAAAUAUAGCUGAAUUUUUCACAAAAUAGCUUUCUUUGAUUCUGAAUAACUUAAUUUAACCCUACUAGUUUCCUCCUGUAUAGUAUUACUUUAAAUUUGAAAUAGUCAGAUUAAAGACUACUUCUUCUGGGAGUCUUGGAUAAAUAGAAAAGAAUCAAUAAAGAAUGAUUCUAAUGCUAUUCUUAAUUAUAAGAUAAAUAUUAUUUGCAUAGAUCUUAAGAGCUUGGUAAUUUCAUCCAAAUUAAACAGAUAACGAUAAAUAAUUGAUUUUAAUUUAAGCAAACUCAAUAAUUCUUGUUUCAGUUGUACAUGAAAUAGUUAUUAAAUGGAUAGAAAGAAAUGUACCAAAAAAACGAGGGCUUGAUUUAGAUUUGUUGCAUCAUUAAUUUCAAUUUCUUGAAAAACCAUUAACAUAGGAUAAGGAGAAAAUGGAAAAAUAAGGAAAAAUCUAUUAGGAUAACGAAUUAAUAGAAGGAAUAUUGGGAAGCAAUUAAAUUAUGAAGUACUUGUAAAAUAGUAAAGGGGAAUUUGAAAAGUGGGUAAUAUAGUUUGAGAAGGAUAUGAUUGACUUUUGUGAUAAGAUUUAUGAUCAUCUAACGAAAGAAUUUGUGGAUCAACCUAGACAAAGAGAUAGAAUUUGCAAAAUGAUGUCAAUCCAUUAUUUGGCAUCUCUAAUUAGAAAACAUUGA